GGCCUUACCUGCAUGCCUAGCCUUUGACAGCCUCCUCCUCUGGGGAAAGGAGGAGGAGGAGAAGGAGGAGGAGGCGUUGGCAGGUGAGCAGCUCCCCUCCCUUUGAGCCAUGCCAGACUUUGCCCAGCCAGCGAGGGAUGGAGAUCCAGGCGAUCGGUCCUUCCUCCGUACUGUGUAGUAGACGAUCGGGGCUUUUGCCUGCCUCCCUCCCGUCCUCCCUGAGACCCCUCUGAUGUUGCAUUGGAGGAAGAGAGAGAAAGAGAGGAAGAAAGAAAGAAGGGAAGGCGAGGAAGAGGGUGCCAUUGCAACAUCGCCUCCCGAUCCUUUGCAAGAGGAUUGAAAGGGAGGGAAAAGAAAGAAAAGCAAAGAUGAUCAGCUGGCCACCUUUCCAGCCUUGGCGACUUUUCUGACAGCCGAAGAAGACAACUCCCAGCCUCCACAAUCAGAAGGAAGCCUGGAUCACAUUUUGGAGAGGUUCCUCUUCAAGGGAAGCCUAAUCAGGAAGAUUUUGAUUCUCUUUCUUCAUCUUCUUCUUUUUGUUUUUCCUUGAAGCUGUUUUGUUUUUGCUUCCUUGUCUUCUUCCUUCCUUCUUUCCUUCCUUCCUUCGUUUUUCUUUCUUGUUUUCUUUCCCUUCUUGGGCUGCCAAUGGAUCUGUCCCAGUGUUGAAAGCUUUUCCAAUGACAGCUCCUGGUGCUCUCUGCUCUGGCUUGGAAGACUCAGAGAAUGGCCAUGGUCUCUGCAAUGUCCUGGGUCCUGUAUUUGUGGAUAAGUGCCUGUGCCAUGCUGCUCUGUCAGGGCUCCCUUCACCAUACAUUUCAGCAGCAUCACCUGCACAGACCAGGAGGCACGUGUGAAGUUAUAGCAGCACAUAGAUGUUGUAAUAAGAAUCGGAUUGAGGAGAGAUCACAAACAGUAAAGUGCUCCUGUCUACCUGGAAAAGUGGCUGGCACGACGCGGAACAGACCAUCAUGUGUUGACGCGUCCAUAGUUAUUGGGAAAUGGUGGUGUGAAAUGGAGCCCUGCCUAGAGGGUGAAGAAUGCAAAACAUUACCUGACAAUUCAGGAUGGAUGUGUGCAACUGGCAAUAAAGUCAAGACCACCAGAAUUCACCCGCGAACCUAACAAAAAGUCUUCUGACAGAAGCCAGUGAAGGAUCCCUUGACAGUCAAGAGGACAAAGAAUAUUUAAACUUUCAACCAUCCCCAGCUUUUACAAGCCAAAUGGGAUUUUUUUUUAUUUGCACUUUACUCGGUACCAGAGGAAACUACAGUGGCUUUACUUACAUGGAGUUAAAUACCCUAGGAAAAUAACACACCACAUCUGACAACAAAGAAAGAAAAAGAUGAGUGUUUCAGAGAGAGAAUGUGAAGAGGAAGAGAAGCAGUUGUUCAGGAGCAAGUUUUAUCAUUUUGAGUCAUGAACAACAGUCGUAUUAGUGUGGAUUUACAGUUUUUCUUUGUACCACUUACAAAUAUAUAAAUAUAUAAGAUAUUUUGAAAUAAAGUUUGACUCUUUGAGAAACCAAGUAGAACCACACUUUACUGCAACUGCUUUGUAACUAUUUGGGUUUGCUUUGUGGUUUUGUUUUUUCUUGGUUUUUAUUAUUAUUAUUAUUUUGCCUUUUUUUAAAUAUUAAGGAAGAGCAAACAAUGAGGCAACAGAAAGAGAAUAAAGGCCAGGAUGUCUACUGACAAAAGAACUGAAAUGUUUGUUCUAUUUUUUAAACAAUAUGAUUAUGAUUAUUUCAACUGGACAUUCAAUUCCAUUUUCUUGUGUUCUAGAGUCCUUUUUUUCUUUUUUUCUCCUCGUGCAACACUAGCAUGCUGGCUUUGCUUACAUUAACCAUACUUUAUACUUAAUUGAUAUGUAACACCAAUUCUACCCUCUUCGAAAGACAUCUUUUGGGGGCAAUUAGCUGUCCCAGAAAGAAAGAAAUGAUGACUCGGUCUAAGCAUUUGAAAAAGACACAGUCUCCAUUUGGACAUUUAUUUCGCAGACUUUUGGUAGACUGUGGGCAACCUUAUUAAAGAAGAACUGUACAGAUCAUUGUCUACAGACUUUGUAUAGCUGGUAUAGACAACCCUAGUAAAAAAAGGAAAAAAAACUGAUUGCUAACUUCAAUGGUUUGUGUUUUUUGCCCAAGAACAAUUUCAUCAUGUUUGAUUUUUUUUUUAAAGGAAAGGCUAAGAUUUGCAUCAUACUGGGCUUUUCCCACUAUUUUCAGCUACAGAGAUAGCAAAAUUGUUAAAAAUUCCAAAUCUAAAGCAUGUUGAUUGGGAGGGCUCAGCAUUUCAGGUAUCACUAGGUGGGGAAAAGAUAUUUAAAGAUGCAGCAGUAUCACAUCAAGAUUUACCACACUUUAUUUAGUUACUUUGAGGGUUAACAAUGCAAUCCUAUACAUUUCUAAUCAGCUGUUCUACUGAGUUCAAUGGAAGUUUCUGUCCAGUAAAGGUUGAGAAAACAAGUAGGUGUUGAAAAUCUUUGUCCCUUCAGGUGCAACUUUGUACCAUUUUCAUUAUCCUUUACCCAAACGGAUGGGACUGAUGGAAAGUAUAGGCCAAAAUAUCUGGAGGGUCAAAUAAUCCCUGACCCUUGUGCAGAGGGUGGCAGCCCAAAUUCUUCCAUUGUAAUGCAUUUUAAGGAUGACUAGUGGCUUUUUGAUUUGUUGUAAUAGCAUGUUCUCUUGCAGAACAACCAUGUGAUCUCAAAAAAUAUUAUUCAGCAAAUGUCAUGAGCCUAUAUUAUUUCCAUCACCUGGAGCAGAAAUGCUUGUAUGACAUUGUUUAUGAAUUUAAUUACACCAGACUUGAAACAUCAGCAUGUGAUAAACAAAGAGGCCCAGUGGCAGGAUCUGACACAUCUGAUACAUGUGUCACUGAUACUAGACACAGGGUUCCUGCUAUGUACUGAAACUAACUCUGAAAAAAAAAUACGCUGGGGCAGAAUUAUUGUGCAAAAUAUCAUCUCUUUCUUUUUUUAAGAAGGUGACCCUGCAGAACUCCCAAAGUGCUCUUUAAAUUCCCAAAGGAAUUUAAAAUAGGAGGUUGAACAUUUGACACAUGGCUUUUGUGAAAGGCAAGAUAAACUGCUUGGUCUGCACUAUUUUCCAUCUUUUUUAAAGAAACAUUUCUUCACAUUAAUGCCCCAAAGCAUGUAUUUUUGGACUAGAAGGUAGUGUGAGAGUGUUAUCUGGGCUCACAGGGUUGAAGCAUUUUUGACGAGUCAGAAUGAUGGUGUCCUCUGUCGCCACCAUUACCAUUGCUUUCAUGUUUUCUUUAAGUUUAGGUGCAAUCCUCACAGUAGCUGGAGGGAAGGGGAUUUUUCCAGCAAUUUAUUUUGUGAGUUAUUCCUGGUAUCAUGCAGAAAUUUGCAGGUGGCUUGGGCCUGAGUAGACAAUUAAGAUCUAUAGGCUUUACAAAAAACCUGGUAGAAAAAGAAA